AUGCCGAGCAGCGUUCCAGUCUCAUCGAAUUACGCACCUGAAUGGAUGACGCAGUUUCUAGCGGCGAUCCAGCAGCAGAACCAACAGCUCCAGCUACAAAUGCAACAGCAGAACCAGCACAUAAACGAGCUCUUGUAUACUCUCGUUGAACAUAGGGUGGGAUUUUCACAAUCACCUACUAAAGUUCCGUCGCCUGAUGCAUAUGGUGAUCUUAUGCGAGAUCUACCAUACUUCAGUUAUGAUGAUGAUGAUGAUUCAACUUUCAAUUCAUGGUUCAAACGUUACGGACCGGUCAUAGAUGAUAGAGGAAGCUCACUCUCGGACGACAGAAAGCGAAACCUCAUCAUCGACAAGCUGGACAAGGGUACGUAUAAGACGUAUUCAGAACACGUGCUGCCACUGAAGCCGCUAGACGUUGAUCUACCCACAACUAUCGAAACGCUGACGAAGUUAUUCGGACCAAAGAAAACCCUCAUCCGCCGACGAUUUGAGUUCCUACAGUCAUCCUGUCCCCCAAUAUGCGGAAGCCAUAUACCCUACCGCGACUUCGGAAGCACAAUCAAGAAGAAGUUUGAAGAAGCAUGCAUGAAAGAUGUCGACAGUGAGUCACUCAAAUGUCUUGUCUUCGUUUCUGGACUCACAGACUCUUCGCAUUCGGAAAUGCGCCUUCGUUUGAACAAGAUGAAUCGGCUCAAAGAGUCCGACCCCCUACCCGUCCUCGACGACUUCAUCAGUGAAUGCGAAACGUUCGUCACUCUGCGGUCAGACAACCGAACAAUGGAAACCAAAGAGAUCAAUGCGGUUAUUGGACGAAAGCCAAUGAACAAGCAACGCCAUCCAAAGCAUGUGAGUUUCAGAAGACGCUCUAAUUCUAACGAAAAGGAAGCUACUAGAGAUAAGUCGAAUCGAAGAAGCUUGUCAAGAAGAAAGACAAGAGCUACAUCAUCGAGGAGAAAGUUUCGAUGCAAGAAUGUCGCCGUUGCUGCUCAAGAUGCACGAACAUAUAUGAAAGUGCAUAUAAAUGGACAACCGGCUCGUCUACAGCUCGACACUGGUGCAGAUAUCACAAUGAUCUCUCGCAAAACAUGGAACAAAAUUGGGUCUCCUGCCCUGAGUCCAGGCAUCACAACAGUGAAAACCGCUGAUGGUUCACCAAUGAAUAUCCAAGGAUGCUUCGAAGCCGACUUUACAAUUUUCGAUCGCCAUCAUCAUCCUGUAUCCGGACGAGGAAAUUGUUACGUCACAGAAGCAACCGAUCUCCUAGGAUUGGAAUGGUGUAUUCAGAUGCCAGACUACCGUCAGCUCAAAGAUCAAAUUUUCUGGGACAUCAAAUCCGAACGCCUCUCACACAGCUCACAAUGCCUCGACACAAAAAUGGAGAUCGAAACAGGAAACAUGGAAAAACAAUUCAACAGACACCAUGGCGCCCGUGCAAAAUCGUUUGAGCCCGACGAUACUGUUUGGAUAAAGAACUUCAAAGGAGGCAGAAGCAAAUGGAUACCCGGAAAAGUUCUCUUACGUCACGGACACACACUGUAUGAUGUCCUUGUGGAUGGAACAGUAGAGAGACGCCACGCAAAUCAAAUGCGUCUUCGCAUAUCUAGCCAACCAGACCAAACGUUUUCG